AUGGCUUGUAGCAAUGGUGGCAAAGCAAAUUCCGCUCAUCGCUUUGCGGAUAUUGGUGUGUUAUCAAAACGAAUGCUGGCACCAAUCGAAGGGUACGAGAAUAUGCCAGUUGUAUCGAUUGAGGAAGCUGUGAAACCUCUGGUUAACAUCGUACCUAAAGUCGAACGCAACGUAUUUAUAGUCAAACAGAAUUGCAACGAACCAGAAAAUGGUCUAACAAGUGAUGAAUCUGCUUCUAUCAUGCUUUACACCUACGAAUCAAUGCCACGUGAAAACUCCCUGUAUGUCAUUCUUAAUGCAACCUUACGCUCGGAACAAAGACAAAAACUGAUCCCCUGGUUUCUUUACCUUCGACUCGUAUUGACAGCACUGGCUCGCCUUCCGUCGGAGCGUCGUUUUGUUGUUCGAGGAGUCAAAGAAGACUUACGGACAGAAUAUCCAAAAGGCAGCACUUGUAUUUGGUGGGGAUUUUCAUCAUGUACCUCGUCCGUCGAAGUACUUGAGUGUGAAAGUUUUUUUGGAAAAACUGGAACCAGGACCCUAUUCCAAAUAGAUUGUCAUACGGGAAAAGAUGUCAAAAAGCAUUCAUUCAUAAACCAAGAAGAUGAAAUUCUACUGCUACCUGCAAGACAAUUCCAAGUCGCAUCAUGUCUCGAUUCUGGCAACGGACUUCAUAUAAUACAACUCAAAGAAAUACAACCAUCGUUCCCUCUUAUGGAGCCAGUUCCAUUGCCAAAUCCAAAAGUACAAUCCAAGAAAGACUCUAACGUUGCAUAUCAAGGAAAAGCCCAGCAAACCAAACCUACACCUGCAGGUGUACCAAAAACGGUCUCACAAAGCGUGCCAGUCAUGCACACAAAAUCUUCAGGUGAGUGA